AUGGGUAGAGACGAGAUUCAGCAGAACAGGCAAACAUCGGAUGUAGACGACUUGGGCUCGGAGAAGGCCGCAUACAAGAAUGUGGACAAAGCACUCGAGUUCCUCAAGUACAACGAGACGGGUGAUGAGCGCCAUGUGGUCGACGAGAAGAAGCUGGUGACGCGCAUCGAUUGGAUGAUCGUACCCAUCAUGUUUGCCUGCUACUUUCUGCAAUAUCUUGAUAAGUCUCUACUGAACUACGCAGCUGUAAUGGGUAUCUUCGAAGACGCAAACAUAACAACUGAACAAUAUGGCACGCUCUCGUGGCUCUUCUACUUGGCCUUCCUCAUUUUUGAGAUGCCUCAUGCGUUCUUAAUGCAACGGCUUCCGCUUGCAAAGUAUCUUGGCACCAUGGUUUGCCUUUGGGGCGCUGUAGUCGCUUGCACUGCGGCGUGUAAUUCAUACGCUUCGCUCGCGGCCUGUCGAUUCUUGCUGGGCAUGUUUGAGUCCGCCAUCAGUCCCUCGCUCAUCCUCAUCACAUCAAUGUGGUACAAGCGUCAUGAGCAACCGAAGCGAGUAGGGUUUUGGUACAUCGGCGUCGGAUGCGCAGUCAUGGCUGGCUCUCUGAUCUCGUAUGGCUUUCAACAUUACGAGGGAGCACGCUUCAACAACUGGCAGAUCAUGUUCCUGGUUGUCGGCGUAGUCACCGUUGCUGCUGGUGGCGUCGUCAUCCUCUUUCUGCCAGACAACCCCAUGUCAAGUCGGCUGUCGCACGCCGAGAGAGUCAUGGCUGUCGAGCGUCUCCGUGAGAACAAUACAGGCAUUGAGAACAAGCACUUCAAGUUUUACCAAUUCGUCGAGACGCUGCGCGACCCUCAGGUCUGGCUGUUGGCGUAUAUCACGACAGCUGCAAGUAUCCCUAACGGCGCUGUAGGGUCGUUCCAGAGCGUGCUCAUCAAGUCGUUCGGCUUCAGCAAUAAGGUUACGGCGCUGCUUCAGAUACCUGGAGGAUUCAUCGCCGUCGUAAGCGUCAUUAUUGGUACACAGGUUGCAGCGCGGUACAACAGUCGCGGCGUUAUGCAAAUCGUCUGGACUGCAUGGGGCGGCAUCUUGGGCGGAGGGCUGAUUGCGUUUCUACCUACCAGCGACCGCGCCGGGAGAUUGGUGGGCAACUACUUCACGCAUGUUACCGGUGCCUUCCUCCCACUUUCCUAUUCAUUUGCGGCUUGUAACUUUGCAGGCCACACCAAGAAGGUUACCAUGAAUGCCAUUCUCCUCAUGUCCUUUUGUCUUGGAAACAUCCUUGGCCCGCUUACGUUUCGUGAUGAGGAUGCACCAGAGUUCACACCUGCGAAGAUCACCAUCGUUGCCGUGGACUCGACUGUGGUCGUUGCUGUUAUAAUUCUGCUUGGCUACUACAGGUGGGAGAACAAGAGGCGUGAUAAAGCACAAGUUCAGCAUCGGCCGGAUAUUGAGUUCAGCGACUUGACUGACCGGGAGAAUUUGGAAUUGAGAUAUAAAUAUUGA